GAUGAAAUGGAGAACAAAAACGAUAUUCAAGAGAUAUUUCCAAUGGCGUUACUUUCGGAUAAUGUAGUGGAGGAUAGUGCAGAAAGAGUAUCACAACAGGGUUUGAAAAGUAGAUUGGACAGGUUGUCAUUAGAAGCAUUGAAAAUGUUGUGUAAAGAAGAAGGUUUGUCAGAAAUGGAGGUUAAGAAAGAGUUAAUGGAAAGAUUGGCAGUAAGGAUGUUUAAUAAGACUAAAAGAAAAGCUAUAGAGAAUAGCAAUAUUAGUGGAAUGAGUAGUAAAAAAGAAAAUAUAAGGCGUAAGAGAGGGGAGGUAAGAAUAUUGGAAGACAAUGAAGGAAGGACUGGGGUUCAAGAGUAUGGAGUGCCAGAUUUACAGUAUUUAGCUUUAGAAAGGUCUUUGGAAAAAACAGUACAGGCAACGAUGGAGAAGGUGCCAAAGGAGAAACUAGUGAAGGUGAGAGAUCAGUUUGAAUAUGAUGAAUGGUGUAGAGUAGGGAAGAACUUUGAUAAUGUGUUGAGGAACAAAGAUUGGGAUUUGAUAGUGAAAGCAAGGGAUGUAACAGCUACAAGGGCGUUUAUGUUAAGAGUGGCAAAUAAGGAGAGGUGGAAUAUAGUGGCAGGAAUUAGGGAUCUAUUAGAAGAUGAUCCGAUAGAGGCAUAUUUUCAGGAAAGAUUGGCAAAUGCUAGAGAAUUAGCAAGAAAUAAGCGAGCAAGGCUGGGAAGUAAACCAAAGAUGAAUGCAGCAUUUACAGGUUGGCUCAUAGGUCUAGGAAAUGUGGUGUCAAAUCAAGGAAUGCAGUGGCCAUCAUUUCAGCCAGUUCAAUCAGGGUUUAAUUCGAGCAUGGGACCCCAUUAUGGAAAUGCAGGGCUGGAUCAGGGUCCUUAUCAGAGGCAAUACAGAGCUCAAGAAGAAUCAUGGAACCGAUCGUGGCAAAACCAAGGAAGUCCAAAAUCGUAUAAUCAAGAAAAGUAUGGGAGGAAGAUGAGGAAUCCUGGUAUUUCGGGAGUGCAAGGUGAAGGUUAUGUUGAUUCUACUGGCCUGGGUAUCAGUACUAUGGGAGCCAUGCAGAAACCCAGCAUAGAAGUUGUUGGCAGUAAGAAUAGAUUGGAAGAAGUGUUGUUGAGAAGGGUGAAUGAUUUGGCAGGAAGACAUGGCAAAGGUUUGAGAUGUUUUGCGGAUGGUUGGAGAAGCAGCAUGUCCAGCGACGGUAGAUACAGUAAGAACAUUUUUGGGCUGACUGGAAAUGACAGGUAUGAUGGGACAAGUGCAGGAAUCUUUGGGAGCAAUUAUGAGAGAACACAAAGGAAGGGGUUUUGUAAAUCUGGAUCAUGA